AUAUAUAUAUAUAUAUAUAUGUAUAUACACACACUCACAAGUGUAUCUUAGAAGAGAACACUUUACCUAAGAGACCUCAACAAGACCAAAUAUGGAGAUCUACAAAAAUGACAUUAAGAAGCCAAAGUCAUCUAUGUUUUGUAACAUCAAGUUCUUCGUGUUGUGCCAUGGCCUGCUCCAGCUCACCCAGCUGCUGCACUCAGCGUACUUUAAGAGCACCAUCACUACCAUCGAGAGACGCUUCGGCCUUGACAGCCUGUCCUCGGGAACCAUCUCCUCACUUCACGAGGUGGGGAAUAUGGUGCUGAUAGUAUUUGUCAGUUACCUAGGAAGUCGUGUCCAUCGCCCUCGCCUUAUUGGACUGGGAGGACUGCUGAUGUCUAUUAGUGCCCUGAUACUGACAUUACCUCACUUCCUGUCUAAACCUUACACCUACGACUCUGUGCUGAAAGACAGGCAGCAGGACAUGUGCACUGUCCAUGGUCUGUCUCACAAUGCAUCGUCAACCGUUGAGGCCUGUGGUCAGCAGGACACUCGAUUAAAAUAUAGGGACAAUACAAUGCUGUGGGUACUCAUGGCCACAGCUCAACUGUUGUUUGGAAUUGGCUCUGUCCCAAUUCAACCCUUUGGGAUCUCGUAUGUGGAUGACUUUGCUGGGCCUGGCAACUCUCCCCUCUACAUUGCCAUACUCUUUGCCGUGUCUGUGUUUGGCCCUGCCUUUGGCUAUCUCCUUGGAUCUGUGGUGCUCAGAAUCUAUGUGGAUGUGGACAGAGCGAAUACAGCUGGGGCUCUGGAGUUGACUCCUACUGACCCUCGCUGGGUUGGAGCAUGGUGGAUGGGUUUGCUGGUCUCUGCUGGGGGAAUGUUUCUCACCUCCAUCCCAUACCUUUUCUUCCCUAGGGCGAUGCAUGUAGAAAACAACAUUGCAAUUGAGAGUAACACUGUGAAAGACAAUCAAAAUAGUUCAGACGUCUCCAUGCAGGACUUCCUCAAAAUGUUUCCACGCCUGUUUGUGAGGCUGUUGCUCAGCCCACUUUUCCUGCUGUUGGUUCUGACCCAGUGCUGCUUCUCUUCGGUGAUGGCCGGACUGGCCACCUUCCUGAACAAGUUUUUGGAGUGGCAGUACAGCACUUCAGCCGCUUACAGCAGUCUUCUCAUAGGUGCGGUGAAUCUGCCCUCAGCAGCAAUUGGGAUGCUGUUGGGAGGAGUUAUUAUGAAACGCUGGGGCCUGUCGCUUCGAGUUAUUCCUCGCUUCUCUAUGGCAUUGCUCACCCUCUCUACAGUGCUGUGUGUUCCUCUGUUCUUCAUGGGCUGCUCCACACAAACAGUUUCUGGAGUUUACCCAUACAGUGGAUCCAGUGGGUCAACUUUACCGUGCCAUUCCAACUGCUCGUGUACAAAGAGUGUUUUUAACCCAGUGUGUGGGGAAGACAACAUAGAGUACCUUUCACCGUGUCAUGCAGGCUGCACCAGCUUCACCAAGGAUCCCAAAAACAGGUUUCGGAUACAGUCCUUUAAUAACUGCAGCUGCGUGACGGUGGGUGCUGGCAUGGGUGGUGCACGGCCUGGCUCGUGUGCCAACAGCUGCCCUCACCUCCUUCUGCCUGUUAUCUUCCUGAUCUCUAUAGCAGCCCUCAUCGCCAGUCUCACACACAAUCCUAUCUACAUGAUGGUGCUCAGAACUGUGCCACAGGAGGAAAAAUCUUUUGCCAUAGGAGUUCAGUUCCUUCUCAUGAGAGUCCUUGUGUGGCUUCCAGCUCCUGCCCUUUUUGGGAUGACUAUCGACUCCACCUGCAUUUGGUGGAAAAGUGUCUGUGGAAAAAAGCUCGGGUGCGGUUACUAUGACAACAACCUCUUUAGAAACAGGUAUCUUGGUUUGCAGGUGGCGUUUAAAGUUAUGGGCAUUGCCAUGCUGGCUCUUAUAGGCUGGAAGGUUGGAAGAACUCAAGAGUACAAUUUGGAGAAAAGGCCUGAGGGACCACUGUGAUGCUCCAGUCUAUCCCAGCACAUUCAUUCUGUAGGAGAAGCCCAUGUCCCAGAAUCCAUUCAGCAAACCAGACCAUUGACACUUUUUAUUGUGUGCCAUCUUCAUUUAUGGCGCUGGUGAAAGGGUGUCUCUGUAAUGCAUGAGUGGAUGAAUGUUAUCUUCCACUUUGCACUGACUUGCAACCCCAUCGUAUAGAUGAACCUUUCUAAACAUGGAGACUUAGUGCUCCUUUUUUUACUUUAUGGACUGUUAAUUAAAGGUCAGCAAUCUUCACAUGCUAUAAAACUAAAUCUAAUAGACAUUUAGACAACUAAAUGUAUGCUGCUGGUUUAAAUGUCCUGGUUACCUACUCAUGAAAAAGAAGAAUCCAGUACCUCUGUUCAGUCUGUAUGAAAUGUACUGAAUGUAUUACUGUGCUCAUGAUUCACAGAUUUCACCCUCUGUUUGGGGGGUAUGUGAAGAAUAAGUGAUGUAUGUUACAGUGUCACACAUUUAUGUUCACUGUCUAUUAAAAAGUUGCAGUAUUUAAAUGGCCGAUAAUUGGCCAGGCAAUUAAAGCAUUAACAUGCCUAAAAUAUUAUUUUGUUAAUGAUCCAUUUUGUGGAAAUGGGUGUUUCAAUAUUUGUAAAUAUGUAUUUUUUUAUACCAGUUAGAAACAUUAUAUUGUUGAACACAAGUAAUAAAAUCUUGCGAUCACAACUUGAUCUCAA